AUGCCGACACUGGCCGUGUUCAUUUUCCUGGUCAGCUUGUGCGUCGCCGCGAUGCACCCAGACGCGCAGCUGCGCGCUUUGUCCAGCCGCUCCGAAUUUACCUCGCAGCGGCGCAAAGUCGGAGGACUUCCCGUCUUCAUGAUGCAGCUCUACCGGACCAUGUUGACUGAGAACUAUGCCGGAGACAAGACCUGGACCGAGGACAACCCUGGACUGCAUCAUUCGGAUUAUGUGACUAGCCUUGUUGCAAAAAGCUGUGAGCAGCGAGGCGCUCGGUGGUCCAUCACCUUCAACAUGUCCUCCAUGUCCGCGGGUGACCGCAUUCAACAGGCCGAGCUCCGCAUCCGCCUGCCGGACUUCAGCGAGUCCCCCAGAGCCUUGGUGGACGUCUACCUCUCGUGCUCUGACGACAGCUGCCCUGGCGGCAGGCUCUUCCUGGGCAGGCUGAAGGCCCAUCCCAGCACCAUGAGAUCUACCUCCUCCUGGAGGGUGCUCUCCAUGACCCAAAUGCUCCAUCACUGGCAAGAGCAGGCCCUGUCAACACAUCAGCCGGAGGACGGCGAGCAGAAUCUGGAAGCAAUCCAGCACCUUACAAAAAACCGGGUCAUGAUGGUGAUCUUCGCCAGGCAGAACCCCGACGCUCAGCGGACGCCCUCGCUCAUCCGCACGUCCGUGCACUCUAAGUACGUGAGCCAGGAUGGGGAGGUCGGCCCCAGGAAGACACGCCGCAGGACCAAAAGGUUCUCCGGACAGCACAGAAGAAGGAUCUUCACAGCGAACAAGGAGGAUCUUCUGUGCAGGAAGGUGGACAUGUGGGUGGACUUUGAGAAGCUAGGCUGGAGCCAGUGGAUGGUUUAUCCCAAAGGCUACAACGCUUUCCGCUGCGAGGGCGCCUGUCCCACACCAGUAGACGAGAACUUCAAGCCCACUAACCACGCCUACAUGCAGAGCCUGCUCAAGCUGCACCACCCAAACAAGAUGCCGUGCUUGUCCUGCGUGCCCACCCACCUGGUGCCACUGUCUAUGCUCUACUACGAGAACGGCAAGAUGGUCAUGAAGCACCAUCAGGACAUGGUGGUGGAAGAAUGCGGUUGCCACUAG